AUGUCUGCUUCUUUAGCAGCUUUUGAGAGACCUAGGCCUGGGGCUUCAAAUACGGUUUUUAAAAGUGGCCCACUUUUCAUAUCUUCGAAAGGAAUAGGCUGGAAGUCCUGGAAGAAGAGGUGGUUUAUACUCACGCGCACAUCAUUGGUUUUCUUCAAAAACGACCCUAGUGCUCUUCCUCAGAGAGGCGGGGAAGUAAACCUGACUUUGGGCGGUAUUGACCUAAACAACUCAGGGAGUGUUGUUGUUAGAGAAGACAAAAAGCUGCUAACAGUAUUAUUUCCAGAUGGGCGUGAUGGUCGAGCGUUCACCCUUAAGGCGGAGACGUCGGAAGACUUGUUUGAAUGGAAGACAGCUCUUGAACAAGCCCUUGCACAAGCACCAAGUGCUGCCCUUGUCAUGGGUCACAACGGGAUUUUCAGGAAUGAGACAACUGAUUCUAUUGAGGGGUCUUUCAAUCAAUGGAGAGAUAAGCGUCCAGUUAAGUCUUUGGUUGUUGGAAGACCGAUUCUGCUAGCACUCGAAGAUAUUGAUGGAGGGCCGUCUUUCCUUGAAAAAGCUCUUCGUUUUCUAGAGAAGUAUGGAACUAAAGUUGAAGGAAUAUUGCGGCAGGCUGCAGACGUUGAGGAAGUAGACCGAAGAGUUCAAGAAUACGAGCAAGGUAAGGUUGAGUUUGACGCAGAGGAAGAUUCCCAUGUUGUUGGCGACUGUGUUAAGCAUGUUCUAAGGGAGCUUCCCUCCUCUCCGGUUCCAGCUUCAUGCUGUACUGCAUUGUUGGAGGCUUAUAAAAUUGAUCGCAAGGAAGCUAGGAUUAAUGCAAUGCGCUGUGCUAUAUUGGAGACCUUCCCAGAGCCUAAUCGACGUUUGUUACAGAGAAUUUUGAAAAUGAUGCACACAAUCGCUUCUCAUUCUAACGAGAAUAGGAUGACUGCUUCUGCCGUUGCUGCUUGCAUGGCGCCCUUGCUCUUACGGCCUCUGUUAGCCGGAGAAUGUGAGCUGGAGGAUGAAUUUGACGGCAGUGGUGAUAGUUCGGCUCAGCUUCUUGCUGCCGCCAAUGCUGCAAAUAACGCUCAAGCAAUUAUUACCACUUUGUUGGAGGAGUACGAGAAUGUAUUUGACGAAGAAAAUAUACAGAGAUGUUCCAUUUCAGCUGAUUCUCGGGUUGAAAACAGCGGGACCGAAGACUCGACUGAUGACGAUAAUAUAGAUAAUAAAGAAAACGGUUAUCAUGAUGCAGAGAAUGAAAAUGAUCAAGAAACAGAUGAUGACGCAGAUCGUGUUCACAGUGGAAAAUUAAGUGAAAGUAGUGGUUAUGCUGGCAGCGAUCUUUACGAUUACAAGCAGGCAUAUGGAGGAGAUGAUUCCGACGUUGGAUCCUCGACUAGUAAUCACGCGAAGGCUGGAAAUUCAAAUCGGAAUGCUGUUCCUGAUAUCCAUCUGUCCGAGGAUAAAAGCAAGCAAAGAAAAGGGAAUGAGAAUUCAGUUGACGAGAAAGAUGUGCCGAUUGUGUUGCCUUCGACGGAAUCAUAUCGUUCCAUGGGCGAGAUUUUAUCUUCAAUGGACCCUGGUAACCACUUACCUGUGCCUGGUAUAGAAUCAGGUUCUGGAAAGCAAACUGGUAAAGCUAGUAGUGGUACAAGCUUUAGUUCGAAACGGUCAACCUUCUGGGGAAGAAGCAAUCCGAGGAAGUCACCGUCAGUGGAGUCGGUUGACUCUUCUGGAGAAGAGGAGCUUGCUAUUCAGAGGCUAGAGAUUGCGAAAAAUGAUUUGCAACAUAGAAUUGCAAAGGAGGCUAGAGGCAAUGCAAUUUUACAAGCAAGCUUAGAGAGAAGGAAACAAGCUUUGCACGAGCGGCGCUUGGCACUUGAACAAGAUGUUUCAAGGUUGCAAGAACAGUUGCAAGCCGAGAGGGAUCUUAGAGCUGCUUUGGAAGUUGGUUUGAGCAUGUCUUCGGGACAUAUUUCCAAUUCACGUGGAAUGGAUUCCAAGACGAAAGCUGAGCUAGAGGAGAUUGCACUUGCCGAAGCUGAUGUGGCUAGGUUGAAACAAAAGGUUGCGGAACUUCACCAUCAACUUAAUCAGCAAAGACAGCAUCACUACGGUUCACUUACUGACGUAGGUGGUGAUCGAUACCAGCACGCACAAAAUCUUCCUCAGCCGAGAUUUCUUCAGCAAGAUUUUGAUUCAACCCUUGCUUAUUGUAAUCAUGAAAGGAAACAAAGGACCGAGGAGAGUGUGUUGGGAAAUGAUUGGAGAAAUAUCAAAGGACAAGUAUUGGCUUCUGGUAAUGGUACUAGGCAGUCAUCUCGGAAGCCAUUUAUAGAUUCGAGUCCUAGUGAUUCGAAAAGCACCGAGGCAUCGACAAGUAUGUCCGUAGAUGAACUCGGUGUUGUUGAUUCCGGCUCAGUGCCUUCUACCUCAAGAGCAGCAGAGGUGACAGAAUACGGAAGACAUCCGUCUGUAGCAUCUUCAACGUUAGUAGAGUUAACGACCCGUCUCGAUUUUUUCAAGGAAAGGCGAUCGCAGUUGAUGGAACAGCUUCACAACCUUGAUUUAAACUAUGGUUCUACAACUUCCCAAGACAUGGUCUACAAGCCAACAUCACCAUCAUGGAGUUGA